UUUGCGACUGUUUCAUCUAAUCUUCAAGAAUGAUGGUCGGGAUCCCAAACAAAUAGUACCAGUUCACAAUUCACAAGUCAUGGCUCUUUCUCAAGUAUUCCCGAAUAAUCUGAAUGGAGGUGUUCUUACGCCCCUUGAUGUCUGUGAUGCAUCAACUUCAGGUCAAGAUGUAUUUUCACUUGAAAAUCCAGGUCUUCCAAUGUUGAAUCAGGGAACGCCAGUGCUCCCUACUUCUGGAGCACAUCCAUCCACUCCUGGAUCAUCUGGUGUGGUUCUCAGCAACAACUUGCCAACCACAUCUGGCCUCCAGAGUGCUUCUGUCAGGUAGCCCUGUACUGAAUGGUUUGUCCUU